GGUUGCAAAAUAACAAAAAUAGAAUCCCACUUCCGGUGCGUUCAUGCCGGUGUUGGCGCAGUCGUCGCGAGUGGGAAGUUUGACCGGUUUCCCGAACCCGGAAGCAAAGCCGUCACAGAGCUACGGUGUCGGGAUUGUCGAAGACGGUGAUGACGAUCGUCGUUACAGCCGCACGUGGCCCUACACCGCCAAGUCUCCGAGCAUUAUCGAGUUUGACACACGCGCCUCGCCCAGUUUUUCUGGAACCCCGAUUUCUAGGCAGCACAGCGCAGCUGCGGUCGCUGCCCGACAACGCGUC